CGCGACGCGACGCGACGCGCGAUGACGACGACGUUCGAACGCGACGCGUCGUGAGCGCCUCGGUUCGAGCGACCUCGGCGCGAGCGACCUCGGCGCGAGCGACGACGCCGCCUCGACGACGCCGCCGCCGGAAGAGGCGCGACGGCACCGAUGGCGCGCGCGUCGCGAGGGAAAUCGCGCGCGAGCGAGGGAUCGACGCUGGCGAUCGCGCCCGGAUUGGACGUGACGACGCCGUAUUAUCGCGCGCUCGCGCGAGCGAUGACGAAACGGGCGCGGGUGUGGACGGAGAUGGCGCAUCACGACGCGGUGGAACGCUUAAAGUCAAACACGCUGACGCGCGGCGAAACGCUGGCGACGGCGCAGCUGGGAGGGGCGGAUCCGAGCGGAUUGGCGCGCGCGGUGGAGGUGUGCGAGGGUGAGUACGGAUACGAUGAGGUGAAUUUAAAUUGUGGGUGCCCGAGCGAUCGAGUGUGCGGGAAGGGGGAGACGGAAAAACGGUUCGGGGCGUCGAUGAUGCUGGACGUCGAACGCGCGGCGGAGUGCGCGAGACGCAUGGCGGAGGCGUCGGAUCGAGCGAAGAUUACGAUUAAACACAGACUCGGGGUGCGGUACGAUAAGACGAUGAUGAAACACGAAGAGACGGACUGUUACGAUUACGUCGUGAACUUUGUCGAGGCCAUACACGAGGCGGCGGGAGUGGAGCAUUUCAUCGUGCACGCGCGAAGCGCGGUGAUGGGCGGAUUGAAUCCCGACGCCAAUCGAAAGAUUCCGCCUUUGCGAUACGACGAAGUGUUCGCGCUGUGCGACGAGUUCGGAAGAUGUGAUUUCACGCUAAACGGUGGCGUAAACUCGCUGGCGCAGGCGAAAGAGCUUCUCGAUCGCGAAGACGGCAAGUUGGCGGGCGUGAUGAUGGGUCGGGCGUUUUACAAGCAUCCGUGCAUGCUCGCCGACGUCGAUCGAGUCAUCUUCGGUGACGCCGCGUGCGAGCCAGCGCUGACGCGCCGGUCGGUGAUUCAGCGUUACGGUGAAUUCGGCGACGGUGUGUACGCCGCCAGAGGCGCGGACAUCGACGUAAAAUCUCGCAAAGCCGUCGCGCGUAAGCUCUUCAAAGCCGUCUCCGGCGUCACCUUUGGCACGUCGACGGGGUCGAAAAUGUUCCAUCGCGCCGGCGACGCCAUGCUCGCCGCGCGCUACGACGCCAUUCCACCCGACCCAUCGGAUGACCGUCCAUUCAGCGUCAACCUCAUGGAGUGUUGCGUCGACGUCAUGGACGCCGCCGUCUUGGACAAGCCUCUCGUCGACGUGAAGCCCGAGGGAGAUCAGACGUUUUACGUCUCGCCGCGCGAGGACGGCUGGGACCGACGAAACCGAGGCGAAGACGGCGCUCCCGACGCGUGCGCGCGCGCGUUGAAAACCAUCACGAUUUAGUUCACGAUUCAUUUGUCUCGCCA